AAAACAAAACCCCGGAUAACAACAAAACUCGCAUUUUACAUCGAACUACGCGCUGGGAUCGAUUUUUCCGCACCAAAGACCACGCGUGUCGCCGAAUCUCGGCGUUUUCCGUCGCUAUUUGGCGUCUUUCGGGCGGUGUUGUUUAUCUGUAGUAAGGGGGGGCUUGAAACCGGCCUCACUUGCCCCAUUUCCUCGGUUGUUUUCCUCCUCUCGCCUGGAUUCUCCAUGUUGUUAGUGCAAAAGUGAGGAGUUCGCUGCGACGGGAGAGGGGGCAGCUCGGCGAUAUUUCCACUAAUAGUAGCGAUAAACACGAGACGACGGAGCGGACACAGCCUCAAAAAGCCUCCUUAAAACACAUUUCCAAGUGCCUUUCCCUCCUCCUCCCUCCACAGGCAGCGGCGGACCUCCGAGAGAAGGAGAAGCGGCGGGGGAACAAGACGAAUCCCACACUCUCUCACCAAGGACCGUAAGUGAGGCGGGCUACAAGUGAACCUCGAUAAAAUCGACUUAUUAAUAAAACCCAAUGAGGGAUGCCCAUCCGUGCUCGGGGACAGGAUUUGAGGAUUUUGACGGCUCCGUGAUUGUCAGAUGGAAAGUUCUGUUAUCACCCAAGUGCAGAAAGAAGACGUUCAAGUGUCACCGAAAGCAGGCCAGGUGAACCAGUCUGCCCUAAAACAGCCACGGAGUUGUAACAUCUUCAAAGCACUCUUCUGUUGCUUAAAAGCUCAGGAUGGCUCCAAACCACCAACACCACUACCACCACCCUCCCAGCAGGCCUUGCUGGAUUCACAGGAAAAUGGAAUGGUUGUCAAGCAGUUUGAACCCAGCCUGCUGCCUGAAGUGACGACCCAGGACCAAGGGAAGAUUUGCGUGGUCAUAGACCUGGAUGAGACACUGGUGCACAGCUCAUUCAAGCCUAUUAAUAAUGCCGACUUCAUCGUGCCUGUGGAGAUAGAGGGGACCACACACCAGGUGUAUGUACUGAAGAGGCCAUAUGUGGAUGAAUUCUUGCAGAGAAUGGGAGAGUUGUUUGAAUGUGUGCUGUUUACUGCCAGUCUCGCUAAGUAUGCAGACCCAGUGACGGACCUACUGGAUCAGUUUGGCGUUUUCCGGACUCGGUUAUUCCGGGAAUCUUGUGUAUUCCACCAGGGCUGCUAUGUCAAAGACCUAAGCCGCUUGGGUAGAGAUCUACACAAAACCCUCAUCCUGGAUAACUCUCCUGCCUCCUACAUCUUCCACCCUAACAAUGCUGUUCCUGUGGUGUCGUGGUUUGAUGAUGUGGAAGAUGCUGAGCUGCUCAACCUUCUGCCUGUGUUUGAAGAACUUAGUCAAGCUGAGAACGUUUACAGUCAGCUGGACCAGCUUCGUGGACAUUAAGCUCUCAAGGGGCCUGCUAAGUUCCUGUUAGAGCUCUAGAUUGAACUACAACAGAAUUUUUUUGUUUUUUUUAGAUGCUAUCCAGUUGUUAUCCUCUUUACCUCUGCACAAAACUAAUGCUUGCAAUGUGUUUAAAGCACGAGGUUAAGGAAAUUCCAAGUUUGAAAAACACAAUGUCUUUGGCUCAAACAAGAUUAUAGAUCACAAUCUGAGGCUUUUCCUCUGAACAUGUGCUGACAAUAUUGACAACCACUAUUAGAGUGAUGACAAAGAGCAGGAAACAACAACCAAAGCAGUUCACAAUCCACAAUCACAAUCACUAUUGCUCCAGUUAGUAUGAAUAUCAAAGUGGUUCUUUUGCCAAAGCAGAAGCCUGCGCUUGACUUGACUUUUGGACAUUGUGGUUUUUAUUAUUGUGCCUUUAAGGAACAACAAAAUAACAUCAGCUCUUUUUUAAGAUUUUUGCCAGAUUUUCUACAUUUAUUGAUUUCUUUUUAUAGGUUGUUUAUAAGGAAAUCUAUUUUUAAAUAAAUGGUAAAUAAGGUUCUUCUAUGCAACCAAAUUCUGUAUCAACAGACAGUACCUCUUUAUCAGCCAGUCAGUAAUUGCAUUCAGCAGAUGUAAACAUAGCUGUAGUCUUAUUUACCUGUAAAUGAGAAGCAAAAAAUGUGUUUUACUAAUUUGUACUGCAAACAUAAUAUCUACAAAAAACAUCACUAGUGGUCAGACUGGCAUGUACUUAUUGUUUAUAAGUUAACAGAGUGAAAUUUUGUCUUGAUGGAUCAGUUUGGAGCAGACACACUGGAAUAUGUUGGCGAUUAGGAUGACCAUAGAUGCCACCGUUUUAGCCAAUGUUUAAUUACAGUCCAUUUGUCACAUGUUUUUGUGUUGUUACUAUAUGACAGACAACAUGCACUUGUUUUAUAUCGACAGUGCUGAAAGUAAAAACUGUGCCUUUGAAAUUCGGACACAGAAUCGUGUUCUGCCUGAACAGAGAUUUGUAGGCCUACGCACUCUGAUGUGUCAUGCUGAGCGUGAGAAAACACUGUCAAGAGCAGGUGUAAAGCCAUGUGGCUGUGGUACUUGCAGUACAACACUUGAAAAUAUCAAAUUUGAUUUUUUUAACAUGUAUGAGUGUUUUUUUCUAUAUUUAUUGGCCAAAAGAAUCUGUAUUGUUCAGUACUUUUUAAUGCUUAACAUUUUGCAUUGUCAUCCAUAUGCCUACUUUGAGGCGGGCCUUGCAUUUGACUGUUUUGUCUGUGCCUAAAUAAACAUUUUGCUGUCAAAGUUCAUGGGUAUUUCAAGAAAUACUUAAGAGUUAAAUAAUAAAGCUAUAAAUGCUAUAUCCAAUCAUGCAAGAUCAUGCAUUUGAAAAUUUAUUACAAUGGAUAUUUUGUGGGGUUGCGUUUUCUGGGUAAUGUUUUUUUUUUUCUAUGACGUAAAAUGCCUGAUGCAAUUAUUUCCUGCAUGUUCCUACCAAGUAAAAAUGACGAUGAAAAUAUUGUGAUGACCAAAAGUAUUUGUUGCAAAAGUCACAAUUUGUCUUUGUGUAUCAGAAUAAAUGGCAAAACGAA